GUCGCCAGCGCCAGCACCAGCACCUCAACACAAUACCAGGAAAGGAAGUAAUGGGUUCCAUUGAGAGAGCCACACCAACCACAAUGUCCAGACGCACACAUACACUGAAUCGGAUAACCAACGAGACUAAAAUUCAAGUCUCUCUUUCCCUUGAUGGAGGUCCACUGCCCGCCUUUCAACCAUCAGAUCACUUCGAUUCGUCAAUACCUAACGCACAAAAGCAAGCACACCCUGAUGUACUCUUUCCUCUGCCAUCAUCUCAUCAUGCGACACAAAUCACUGCGACCCAGCAGAUCGCCAUCUCAACUGGAAUUGGAUUCUUGGACCACAUGCUCCACGCGCUAGCAAAACAUGCUGGCUGGUCAUUGGCAGUGCGCGCGUCGGGGGAUCUUAUCAUCGAUGACCAUCACACAGCAGAGGACGUCUUUCUAGCAGUGGGAUCGGCUUUCAAUGGUGCCUUGGGUAAGAGAACUUCCCUAGUGCGAUUUGGUCGAGGAGAUGCGCCGCUUGACGAAGCCCUUUCGUGGGCAGUGAUCGAUCUUUCAAACCGACCAUACAGCGUGAUCGAUUUUGGCUUCACCCGAGAAAAGAUCGGCGACCUCAGCACGGAAAUGAUCACCCACGGCCUCGAGAGUUUCGCACAGGCGGCCAGUGUCACUUUACAUAUCAAGUGUGUGUACGGACAUAACAACCACCACAGAGCAGAGAGUGCCUUCAAGGCUCUUGCUGUAGCGUGCAGACAGGCUUGCGAGAGAAGAGCAGAAGGCACCGUUGGUAGUGGAGAUGUCACGAGUACCAAAGGUGUACUUGGAUCCAGCGUCAAUGAAUGAAGCAAAACCUUUGGGGUCUGAAUAGAUUGUAACAAGAAGCGUCAUUGGAUUUUAAUCUCGUUCCUCAGAUGUUCCCUUUGGGAUAAAAGGAUUGUUGCGUUAUCAGCAAUAAGAAACGCUCGUAGACAGCAUUAAGCAUC